AUGGCCGCGGGGGCUGCGCGGGACCGUCACGGCCGCAGCAGGACCCGAAGCGGGACCGCCGGACUGCACCACGGAGGCGCAACCACCAUGGCGGGAGCGGGGACUUCUGGUAACAACCCGCCGGAGAAAGCACGUGGCCAGGCUGCUGCCAAUUGUCUGUCCCGAGUCGGGAACACCGCACUGCUAUUGGCCAGUGGGGGGGCGGCUCGCCGUGCGGGUGUCAUGGCGGCGCAGGCCGUGGCGGCGCGGAUUCGCUGGCCGCGCCUGGUUCUCGCGAAGCUGUGGACGCGGCCGCGCCGCCUGCACCAUGAAGGGCAGCCUGAGGGGCAGCCUGAGCGCUCGGACCAGCCCAUACAGAUGGAGAACCCCUACAAAGAUCCUCCAAAGAGAUGUGUCUUAUGUGGAAUAAAUGUGGACUACAAGAAUGUGCAGCUUCUUUCCCAGUUUGUUUCUCCAUAUACUGGCUCCAUUUAUGGCAGGCAUAUCACAGGCUUGUGCAACAAGAAGCAGAAGGAAAUUACAAAAGCCAUUAAAAGAGCUCAUGUAUUUGGAUUUAUGCCAGUUAUGUUUAAGAACCCACAAUUUAUCACAGACCCCAAGCUAUGUAACAUCAAGUAUCCAGAGUGAUAUACUGUACAGAAAUAAACAAUAAAACUGUU